GUUCGCGGCGGUGAAUAACUGCUGGGAAGUUGAGGAAGUUGUGUUAGUAGCAUUUGGAGCUAGGCUUUGUAGAUUCCACUGCAUGUUUGAUUGAUUUGUAUUGCGAUGAUGAUGGCGGAUGAGAGCGCUAAGCGUUGGUCUCCUGAGAAGUUGCCAGAGCCUGGCGGCGGAGAAGCUGAGGCCUCGGAAAUUCCGAGUGAGAGAGAUUUGGAUUUGGAGAUGGUUUGGAGCUUGCUUUCGGACAAUGAUUCUGAUCCAGCACAGGGUAAGAAGAAAGGGGUGCCUGUGCCGUUGGAUGAGGUUACCAUCCACACAAAGACAAAGAAGCACGACGGAAAGACUUGGGUGGAUCCGGGACAUGCUGAGCUACAGGCAACCAUGGCCGACAAAAAUCCUUCCUCCGGCAAGGCUAUUUCAACCUCCGACACCUCUUCCUCCAACAACUCUCCUCACCUCGCCUUCACAACUAUAUCAAAUAUCAAACUUCACAUCCCCGUACAACUGAGUUUAUCGGAGCCAAAUUACAAAAAGUGGAGUCGCUUGUUUCGUCUCUUGAUUCUCCGUUUCAAUCUCAAAGGCUUCAUCGACGGCACCACCAUCGCCUCUUCUGCAGAUGACGCCGAAUGGUACCAAUUUGAUGCACUCAUUCAAGGGUGGAUCCUCUCAACCAUUACGGAUGAGGUUUCUGAUCUCGUUCUCGCCAACAAUCUCUCCGCUCAUGCACUAUGGAAGGCCAUCUACAAUCUCUUCCACGACAACAAGCACGCCCGGGCGAUGCAACUGGAACAUCGCUUCCGCACCACCGUCAAGGGCAUGUUGAAACACGGCGAUGGGAAGAUCUUCCCAUCGAUGGGUAAGCAGUCCCUUAGCCAAACCAAUUUUCAGAACCAUGCCAAACAGCGAUGGGAAGUUCUACCCAUCGAUGUUAAAGCCUUGGUGCAACAUUACCACAAGGCAGAAUGCCCUUACCCAGCGAUGGGAAGCUUUACCCAUCGAUGGGAACCCAGCGAUGGGAAGGCUAAACCAUCGAUGGGAAGCUUGUUUCCCUUGGUUGUACGAAGGAAAGGUAUUUUCCUUCGGGUUGAAGUCUUGGAGUGCGGUAUCUCCGAGCAAGGAAUAGGUGAAGGACAAUCAACCACACGACCACCUCUUUUUGAUGGAACCAACUAUACAUAUUGGAAUGAACGAAUGAGAAUCUAUAUUCGUUCCACGAACUUCCAAUUAUGGUUGGUUAUCAAAAACGGGGAAGAGGUGCCAAUGAAGAAAGUUGGAGACAAGUUGAUCCCCAAGACCGAAGACGAGUUUGAUGCCGAGGACAUCAAAAAGGUCGAGAACUAUGCAAAGGCAAUAAACAUGCUUUAUUGUGCCGUAAAUCCUGAUGACUACCGCAAGAUUUCCUGCUGCUCAACCGCCAAGGAGAUGUGGGAUAAGUUAGAGGUGACGUACGAAGGAACGGACCAAGUACGUGAAGCCAAGGUCGACUUCCUCACCCAAGAGUAUGAGAUGUUUAGGAUGAAGGAGCAUGAAAAGAUCGACGACAUGUCCGUUCGCUUUUCUAAGAUAGUCAACGAUCUUCAUGCAUUAAAGAAGACUUACACCGACAGGGAUCUUGUGCGAAAGAUCCUACGAAGCUUAACAUCCGAAUGGCGAUCUAAGGCCGAUGCCAUCUAUGAGUCAAUCGGCACAUCAAAUGUCACCAUCGACAGUUUAAGAGGUAACUUAAAAAUAUAUGAAUCUACUAUACUUAAUCCGUCUUUGAAUGACCAGAGAAAAGGCAUAGCAUUAAAAGCCUCCAAAGAACCGACAAUGAAUGACUCAAGCGACGAAGAUGAAGUCAAGCUCAUCAUGAAGAAGUUUUGCAAACUUCUAAAGAAAGAGAAGGCUGAGGAUGGCCCUGUGUGCUAUGGAUGUGGUGAAGCCGGGCACAUCAAGAACAAAUGCCCAAGAAACGGAAGGAAUGCUCGUCACUUCAAAAAGCAAAGAGCAUACAUCUCUUGGGGUGGCGACUCCGGCGAUGAGUCAAGCGAGCAAGAGGAAGACGAGGAAGCAAACCUUUGUCUCAUAGCUCAAGAAGAAGAGGAGUCCGCCAACGACGAAAACCAAGAGAAAGGACGAGAGAGAGAGACGGUGAAGAAGAUGGCAACCACAGGAGAACCAGAAAGAGAAGGAGCAAAAAAGGUUGCUAUGAGCAUGACGAAGAUCCCUUAUGCAAGAACAUGGUUCAAGUAAAACGACAAAAAUGAUUCAAAGGGUAUGGAAUGAUGAAAGGUCAAAGAAAAAGAGAACCUCCACACAUUGUUCAAGAAUAUAUGGAUGAAAUUAGUGGCAAUGACAAGAAUUGUUAGAGAUAAUUAUGUACUUGAAGUGGAAACACAAGAAGAAAGAGAUGAGAUUGUG